AUGAGAUUCAACCGGUGGACGCCCAUACCUCAUGUUCCCUUAACACAGGCGCUGUAUAAGUGCUUCCCUUUGACCGCAAAGAGGAAGUCCAUUCGGAAGGCAGAAAUAGCAAGUGAAAGCUUGUGCGGUGAGCUGCUCCUCAAGGCCAAUAUUAUACAGAAGGAGACUCUAAUGCGACAGGCUUCUUACAUAGACGAUGUUCUUCAACGCCUAUCACCCUUCCUCCUUCGCAACCCUGCCGUGGACAUUCUCGACCUAUGGCCCGGCGCCGGACUAUGGUCUUCGAAGAUCAAUGAGCUCCUCAAACCCCGCCGGCAUGUCCUUAUCGAACCUGAUUUGACGUUAUACAAGCCAUUGCUCCAGCCAUUGGCAGAGACCAACCCCAGCUAUGAACUACUGUGUGCAGACAUCCAUGCUAUUGCGGAUUGGAAAAGUAUACUAUCGAAGCAUUUCCCGGAGCAGGGACCAUCGAACCGUGAUGACAGCGGCAUUUUGCCCAAGAACGAUACGCUCCUUAUCUUAGCCAACCUGCCUCCAGUUGCCUCAAAGAAGGACCACUAUACCCCAGCACGCUGGUGGUCGGUUUUCAUGGAGGCUUGUAUGCACCAGACGGGAUUGCAUUCUUAUGGAAGCGUGCGUAUGAUCGCAUCACUCCCCAUAUCAGAUGCACAACAGGUCGUUCCGCGGACCAUCAUAGAGCGCAAACGACCGGCACUGUGGACCGAGAACGUUGCAUUGCAUGCAUUCGAAGUCGCGGCUCCAAGGGACCCCAGUACAUGGGCUUUUCUGAAGGGAUGGGAUUUGGUGGCGGAUAAUGCCUCGCGCGUUGCUCAGAGAGCGGCAGAGCAGGGCGUUAUCACACCUCCCGGCAGAGAAUUACCGCCCAUUCCCAUGGCCCCAAAAAGUCCUGACCCGGGCAGAUUACCGGUGCCUUACGUGCCGCGCCCUUUUACCGACUGGCACGAGAAAGUUUGGAAGAAAAUCACUACCGGAGCGCCUGGAAAGGACGGCAAGAUGAAUCCAACGCAACAACGAGGCUGGAUCCAACUGAACAAAGAGAACCGCGACAUGUAUUACCGCGUGCGCCAGGCUACAGGUAUUGCCGAAAUCGACGAACUGACAACCACCCUGUCACGGACGGCGGCAAAAUCUCGCAAGACUUCGGCGGCACUGAAGCCCAUUCUGAAGAAUAUUGAGGCCGCCAAGUCUCGCUUAGAUCAGGGAGUGUCGGAAGUACACUACUCAGUAAGGAACGAAGUUCCCGUCAUCGUUGAUAACAAGCGAGCGGCUCUACAAACUGGAGACUUCGACAAUGCAAUCCUCCACUGGGACCGGCGCCCUUUUGAGCCAUUGCUCAUCAAACCCGAAGAACUCUAUCCCCGGGAAACUGAGAGAAGCAUCCUUUACUUCGAGGCCGACUCGAACCCACAAGCCCUGCAGAAACUCAACCAGCUGGAUCCGGCGCAAAGGGAUGCCCCUCUUCGCCUCUUCGAAGCCCUCUCUCUCACCAUCGGCACCCGUAGCCUACUGACAGUCGCCGAGCUCCUGGAACUGAUCUUCCCCGAACGACCCAUCAACGACAUCGUCAAGGCCAUCCCCGGCCUAGCUGUCCUCGCAGCAAAAACCCCCAAGCCAGAUUACGAUAAUCUGCCGAAGACCAUCCACGGCUCUCCCGAGGCCUGCGAACCCCUCAACCCCGUCGCAUGCUACCAGGAGAACCUGGACUACGACCUAAGCGACGUCCGAGUUCGUACGCUACCGACCAGCACACUGUGGGAUAUCUUCGUCGAGUACCAGAAGAAGGGCGAUACGAGCCUCUCCACGGUGCAACUGAGUCGACUGCUCGGUGGGACGUUGACGUCCUUCCGGACCGGCGAACUCGAACCUCGGAAGAGAUACCAUUAG